AUGGAGGAGGAGAUGCAGCCGGCGGAGGAGGGGCCCAGCGUCCCCAAAAUCUACAAGCAGCGCAGCCCCUACAGCGUCCUCAAAACGUUCCCCAGCAAGCGGCCGGCGCUGGCCAAGCGCUACGACAGACCCACCCUGGUGGAGCUGCCGCACGUGCGGGCGCCCCCCCAGCCGCCGCCGCCGCCGCCGCCGCCGCCCUUCGCGCCGCACGCCGCCGGCUCCAUCAGCAGCAGCGAGCCGCCGCCGCCGCCGCCGCCGCCGCCCCAGUUCCCGGCGCAGACUUCCUACCCCCCCGCGCCUGGUGGCCGGGCCGCCGCCGCCGCCACCUCGUCGUCGUCGCCGUCCUGCACGCCCGCCGCGCCCCAAGGCCACCUGAGGACUCCGGCGCCGCCGCCCGCCGUCCCCGCCCCGUCGUCGUCGUCGUCUUUCGCCGCCGUCGUCAGAUACGGGCCUGGCCCGGCGGGCGCGGGUGGCAGCGGCGCGGGUAGCGACGGCGCCAGCCUGGAACUCAGCGCAGAGAGUCGUAUGAUCUUGGAUGCCUUUGCCCAGCAGUGCAGUCGAGUACUUAGUCUCUUAAAUUGUGGAGGAAAACUUCUGGACUCCAGCCAUUCUCAGUCUAUGAUUUCUUGCGUAAAGCAGGAAGGCUCUAGUUACAGUGAAAGACAGGAACAAUGCCACAUUGGGAAAGGAAUCCACAGUCAGACCUCAGACAGUGUAGACAUAGAGAUGCACUAUAUGCAAAGGAAACAACAGACUUCUGCCUUUUUGAGAGUUUUCACUGACUCUCUCCAAAAUUACCUGCUCUCGGGGAGCUUUCCAACUCCAAACACCUCGUCGGUCAGUGAGUAUAGCCACCUGGCCGAUGUGGAUCCUCUUUCAACCUCCCCUGUGCACACACUAGGUGGCUGGACCUCCCCAGCGACAUCUGAAUCCCAUGGCCACCCAUCUUCCUCUACACUGCCCGAGGAGGAAGAGGAGGAGGAAGAGGAAGGCUACUGUCCUCGAUGUCAGGAGUUGGAGCAAGAGGUUAUUUCACUGCAACAAGAAAAUGAAGAGCUCAGAAGGAAAUUAGAGAGCAUUCCGGUGCCCUGCCAGACGGUGCUGGAUUACCUGAAGACAGUACUGCAGCACCACAACCAGCUCCUGAUGCCCCAGUCAGCUGACCAGCCAACUGAGGGAAGCAAGCAGCUGUUGAACAACUAUCCUGUCUACAUAACAAGCAAACAGUGGGAUGAGGCGGUAAAUUCCUCAAAGAAAGAUGGGAGAAGGCUCCUUCGAUACCUCAUCAGAUUUGUUUUCACAACUGAUGAGCUUAAGUACUCAUGCGGCCUUGGGAAAAGGAAAAGGUCAGUGCAGUCAGGAGAGGCAGGUCCUGAAAGACGCCCUCUGGAUCCAGUUAAAGUCACAUGCCUCCGAGAAUUCAUUAGGAUGCACUGUACCUCCAACCCCGACUGGUGGAUGCCCUCAGAGGAGCAGAUAAACAAAGUGUUCAGCGACGCCGUGGGUCACGCCCGGCAGGGGCGGGCGGUGGGGACUUUCCUGCACAACGGUGGCUCAUUUUAUGAAGGGAUCGAUCACCAGGCUUCACAGGAUGAAGUCUUCAAUAAAAGUUCACAGGAUGGAUCUGGAGAUUAGUGGACAGAAUCUUCCCCACAAUAGCAGCCAGUCCUUUCGAGAGCUCCAGUUGUGAAUGUCUGUGUAUCUGUCCCCUGAGAGUCCAAAGCAUGUUAUUCUGUCAUACUUUACACAGUCUCAAUCUUAAAACUCUUGAUCAACUGCCAUAGUUCCAAAAUAGAAUUCUACUCUACGGUUGUUUGGGAAGUCUGUGGCACCUACAAGCAGAUAUAAGGAAUAUUGUGAAAAGUAAAACUAAAGCUAUAGAAUGAUUGUUGGCUGAAUGGUGAGGGUGAAAAAAUAGGUGAGCUCCCCAUCACCUGCCCCAUAUCUUGAGGCUAGCUGUUUACUUUGCAGAGCUGGUCUCUAAGGGAGGUUAGGUUAGUGCUCAUGCCUAUGGAAGAAGGUAAGAUGAGCUGUUUAAGGAUCAAGGAAUAAAUGUUCUCUUAGUUCAGUUCAAGAAAGUUGUCUUUCUGUUUUCCAAAGACUUGAAUUUGAAGUUCUCAGCGAAGACUCGGAAUAGCUGACAUUAUAUGCUGUCUGUGUGUCACCAGACCUGCUGUUAACAAAAAGCCAGAGAACAGAGGCCAUCUGUAUAAGACAGUGGUUAAUUAGAAGCCAGCUACUUUUGUGUUGUUUUAUAGAGAAAACUUCCACCUUGUUGUUCAGAAAGGCUAUGUGAUCACUGGAGUUUACAAACAGUAAUAGUGUUUUGUUAUGUCAGUUAAGAAACAUCCAAAGAUCCAAAAUUAUUUUCAAAUGCCUGACUUCAUAGAUUCAUAGAUCCACAGUUUCCAUAGCCUUAAACUAGGUUUUGUUGACACAAUGCCAAAGUAAUGGUUGAACAGUGAGAAGUUAGUUGUUGGUGCAUAUCUGUGAUGCGACUGAUGGUAUUUGCUGCCUUGACCAGAUAUUCUGGAAUGGUAGACACAUUUUCAAGGCCAUUCUGACAACUAUGCAAUGGAUUUGUCAGUGAUUUUUCUGAAAUUUGAAGGUCUUUCUGUGCUGUUGAUCUUCAGAAUUUGUAUGAAACUCGUGUUUCCCUUUGUCAUUGAUGAAAAUGUUUGAUUCCAACUGUGUCUGUGCCUCCUUUUUCCCAGUAUUCUCCUAAAAGCCAGACUUUGGCUAAGUUUACACUGUUGACUUUCACCCACUUUCCCUUUUCAACUUGUUGAGCUCCGUGUGUGAAAGUAAUGCUUUCCCUUGUCAGCAGAGGCUGCAGAGGUGCUAGAAUUUGUGAGGGUUUAGCUUUGGGUGUGAGGGGAGUCUCCCUGUACCAAACUAGUUGGGAUUGCUGCAUUCUUCACUGUGCAAACAGCUGAGUUGACAGCAUUUCUUGAGGACCAUUAUCAUCUACAAACACAACAAGAAAACUCGAUGGAAAUUUAAAUCUAUGAGCAUUUAUGAAAUACGUUUUUAAACCUUUCCUGUGAAAGUAUAACCAUAAAUUAGCCUUGUGUUCCGUAAUUGGUGAGCAUCCGAAGUAUGUAUUCCUUGAAGCAGGUCCUUCUGUACCUCCUUAAUGAUUGUUAGCUUCUGUCCAUCAAAAAGUAUAAUGUGUAUGGAGAUGAUCAUUUGUCAGAUUUGUAACAGGUAUAGCAAGAACUAAUUCUAGUCCUGUUUUGGACAAAUGAACUAAAGUUUGGGAGUAAAUGAUUAACAAGGCAAAUGUAAUGUCACUUCUUACAACUGGUGAGACCAAAGUCUCUGGCCAUCCAAAGAGGAUAAUUCCUUGAUGUGUUUGUAAAGCUCUGGGAAGUCAGUGUCUUAUGAGAUUCUUUGAUGACACGAAAUCGCAGGUAGAAGGAAAACAUCACAUAGCCUCAUCUGUGUUUUCAUUUUACCUUUUCUUUUUUUUGGCCCUGGGCUGUGUUACCCUUACUGCUGAGUACAUUGUCCUUAUUUUCUCUUAAGCAGAAAUAUUUGACCAAUCCUUUAAGUAAAAUACAAUAGCUUUGUUUCCUGUUAAGUUGUUCUAGCUGUGUUUUUCCGUUAACUUUGAGGGUUUUGCAUUUUUCUUCACAUCUGAGCAUCAGUGAAGUUCAGUGUCAUGCUGAUCUUCAUUGAUGAGGACAAGCACACCUGAGUACACAUUCUGCAUAGGCUUACAGGUGACAUGGCUGUACCAAACCUGUGAGUAACCAUGAUUUUUACUACUUGCAAAGGCUACUCUAGUGGGCUUGCAUGGCAGCUUUGCUCCAGAGACACACUAGAUCCUCCCUCAUUUGCUCUCACUUCAGGUGAGUUAUAUCUCUGGCACAUAUUUCAGAAUGUUAGAAACAUAUGUUGGCUGUUUCCAUAUAUGGAAACCAAGGCCCACAGGACGAGUCACUCGGCACCCCACAGCCAGGUCUGGGGUCUUUCUGGGUGUUCUUUAUACUUAACCAUUGUUUGUGUGAUUGCUGUAUCUCUUUAGCUCACCUGCUGGCUCAGGGGCGUUUAUCCACUAAUGCUGUGACAAAACAUCGGCUCAGACACUCUGCUGGCUCCACUGUUAGCACACAUCCAUACUGCUGUUUGUGCUUCCUCUUUAAAGGUGGUGUUACUGACUUCAUGGUAGUCACCUGGCUUUGAAAUCAGAGCUUACAAAGAAUAUUCAGCAUUUUGUUUUUGUUUGUUUUGUUUUGGUAACAUGUAGGUGGCUUUAGUGUGGCAAGGUUAAAAGCUUAUCACUAGCCAGAUCUGGUGGCACAUCCCUGUAAUUCCAGCAUUUGGGAGGCUGAAGCGAGAGGAGUGCCGUGAGUUUGAAGCCAGCCUGGGCUACAUAGUAAGUUGAAGCCCAGCCUGAGCUACAUACCAAGAUCCUGUCUCAAAACAACCCCACCCCCGCAAUAAAAGUUAAAAAGCUAGGACACCAUUGUUGCUGUGUCAGUCUGUCUUUCAGUUAUCUGUUUUGAGAUUUCAUUGAAAAUGUUGCUUAUCUUGAUCUUUGAUUUUCCAUAUCUCUGACAGUUGGUUUCAUAACAAAUUUAGCCUGAUGUCAACUUUUAGAGUUGUCCUUGAGUCAUAGCAUUGGUGGAAACUGGAUUGAAUGGUAGUAGCUCAGGAUGCAGCUGUGCUCACUUCAUUGGUGAGAGGAGGUCACAAGGCUAGGUAGGGCUAAUGCUGUGCUUCAGUCAGUGAAUAGCUAAGUCCAGAGUCCCAGCUAUCAGAAUAGUCCAUGCUUACCCGCAGUGGCCAUAUGUACGUUUGUCCUGUGUUUUCCAAGUUAGACCAUCUCAGAGCAUGCCUGCUUGUCACAGUGAACUGAAGCCUGAAGCCAGGCUGCGGCUAACCUGAGGGAUCUGUGUUGGAAGACUUAGAGCAGGAACCUGUGGAGGGGACAGUAUUCUGCUAGCAGUACAUAAAGUCAUUUCUUUUUUUUUUUUCGUUUUUUAUCGGUACCAGGGAUCGAACUCACGACUGCCUGCUUGCAAGGCAGGCGCUUAUGCCGCUGAGCUAAAUCCCCAGCCCCUAUAAAGUCAUUUCUUAACUGUUUUUUUUACUAGUGUGUUGUUCAAAUCUCAUGGUUCACCUUUAGUGUUAAAUGCUUUCAAGAAAAACUGUAAACAUCUCAAUUAGUAGCUUCCAUUUUUGUUUGAAAGUGUUUUCCUCCAGCUCUUAAACCUGGGCCUUGCUUUCUUGGUAAUCCUCACUCUAUCACAGCAUUUAGGUGCUUGUCACCAUUUUUGUUUCAUAAAGCUUCACUGGGAAUGUAGGAAAUAAAACGAGAGUAUAGAAAAUUGCUGUCAUUUCCUUUGGUAGGGCAGUUAAGAUCCCUGUGGCUGCUUCACGGAUGUAGUGUAAUUGGGGGAUUUUGUAUUCUGGGUCAUUCCUUUUCAUCAAGAGUAUAAGGACAUAAAAAUGAUUACAAUCUUUUAUUUGACCCAGCUAAUCCAUGUGGCAUCAACUAAUGCUAACUGAUGUCAGUAAAAUUUUUUAAAGUUCAGUUACCAUUCUUGUAACUCCAUGUGUUUACACAAAAUCUGGACAGUAAUACAAACUUGGGAAUUUUCAGGUUCAAAUUUCUGCAUUUCCCUGCCACUUUUAGUCACCAGUGCCUGCUUUCUCUUGUUCUCAGUGAAUGGAGCAUCAUGUACAGGUGAAACAUGCACGAGAUUAAGAACAGCAGACAUACAUCGCCCUUAGUUGGAUUUUGUCAUUCAGUAUGUGCUCUGGACCUUACCCUAACACCAUUGACUACCUCUAGAUACCAGUUACUUUUGUUUGAAAAAUUUCAUCUGAGAUGACUUCAUUUUUAGAAAAGAUGUGUAAAUGUGUAACUUUUUUCAUUCAUUACUGUGUCAUUCCAUGGUACAGAUUUGUGCUUUUGACUGUUCUUCUAUGUGAAUUUGUAGAAAUGUAAUAGAAAUUGAUUUUUGCACAUAUGGUGCAAGUCUUGCUGGUGUAUGUUUAAUGUGGCAACACUUGCCAAAACUGCUUGGCAAACAUGUCAAAGAGAAUGCUUGAGUCAGAACUCUAAUGUAAAUGUGUCUAAACAGCAGUAUGUAUCAUUAUGGUGUAUUUUUGUAAACAGAGUGAUGGCUUCUUUCAGUAAGUACUGCAUAAAAAUAACCACUUCACUUGGAAUAAGGAGGAAAAAUGUCACCCAGCUGAUGGCAAAGUUACUUGCAUUGUCAGCAUUGGUUCUUUCAUGUUUUUUUUUUAGAGGAGAGUGAAGAACUGACAUCAGACAACAUGAAGGGCAAAAAUAAUACCCCAUCAUUACUUCUAAAUGUAAAUUUUAAAACCUUAGCAGAUGUCAUUGUGUGCAUCAUAGUAUAAUAAAUUGAAAAAAACGUUUGAGGGUUGGUUUUCCCUCAUCUGGUAACAAGUUUGGUUGGUUUCAUUGUUAAAAGCAUUGUUACUAAAUCUUUGCAAUAAUGGUGACCACAUUAGUUUUCUUUAUAACCAGCUGGCUAAUGUGUGGGCUGUAUUUUCACUGAAUCACAGUUCCCCAAAUUGCAGUGAAAAAACAUCUGCUUAGUAAGACCAAUUCAGAAACUUAUUUAUUCUCAGAACAGUUACACCAGCCCAGUGGCUGUGUGUCUUGGCCGUGUUGGAAAAUAAUUUGGGCCUAUUUAAAACUAUUUACUGCAAUAAUAGUUAACCACAGGUAAGUAGUAAAUGUAACGGUUAAGUAUUUAUGUGCCUAUUGCUUUGGUAAGUACUUGCCUGGAUCCUCCUUUUAAUUCUGUGGCUGCCCUGGGAGGCUGUUUGUUGCCUCCGUUUAAUGGAUAAGAAGACUUCCCAGGAUACUAAACUAAGCUCACUUUGAGCUUAGAAUGACCAGUUCAGUUCUCCACUGUAGUCAAAGCACAGUUCACAAGGCUUACCAACCCUUUUAAGUUGGUUUUUUGUUACAGUCAUGCCAUCAAGGAAAAGUUAGUAUCUGUGUUACUAAGAAUUAUUUCUAAAGUAUAUUGAUUCUGGAGUAAGCAGAGCAUGUGUGCUCUGGAACUGCCAGGUUCCUGAACAUGGCUUGAUCUACCUAAAAUCCUGUGAUGGUGACCUGAAAACUGUUUUAAAUGGGGAAAUUAAAGCCACUGUUUAUUUACAUUUGUUUUAUAGUCUCCCAGUUUUAAAAUGUAGGGAUAUAAAAGAAAAAAAAAUUGAAAUUAGAGAACUGAUAGUCCCCGGGAACUGCUAAAAAUGGCACUGGAUGUCAGCCAAUGAGUGUUCUAUCCUCCUCUCACAUUUGUUAUUUUGUAGCUUCAGAGUUGAUGAGUCUGGUUUGGAAGAGGGCUUUCUUACAUGAUGUCACUGUGAGAAUUGUUGCGUAUUUUUUUUAAGGAAAAUUCAGUUGUUUGUUGAUUAUUUUCUGUGGCUUUGGCUUUCCCAUCCCUUUGGCUUUAUUCAAGAGCAUGCCAAGGUCUUGAGGGACCUGGCUUGAGCUUGGGAACAGGGCCUGCCAGAAAUUGUUCAUGAGCCUUCAAGGUGCACCCUGAUCCUGCCCAGUUUAAGCAUUGCCGUUAUGACUAUCUUCUCUGGAACUUCAUGUAGCAGCCUAACACUGGGGCCAAUUUGCCUUUACUCUCUUUUCUAUAAUGAACACUUGUGGCGAAACUGUGACAAAUCCAUUGAUCCUAGUAUUUUUAUUGUUGGAGUCUUGUGGAUUCUCUAUGAAUAAUUUCUAUUUGAUUGUACUGUGUAGAGUUAAUGCCCACUAGGGAUAUGUUAAUAAAACUAUAAAUGCAUAGUGUAAUAUAGAAUAGCAAAAAAAUUUUUGUGAACAAUUUAUAUAGGAAAGUAAGUUGUUUUUUAAGUGUUAGACAUAUUUCUUUUAGGAACUUAAAAUGUUAUAAGAGUUUUUUAAACAUUCAAUAUUUUUAAUUAUCAGAGACAUUUGUUACUAGAGCCAAUUAUUUCAGGUGUUCUAAUUGGAGUAUUGAUUUUAUUACCUCAUAUACCUCUAGAAUGCCACAUGUUCUGUUGGAGAUAAAAAUUGCACAAUAAAUGUCAAGUCUCUGUUAAGUGUUUUAA